AUGUCUGACUACAAGCCCACUGAGCACGACGGUCUCCGCAAGGACGGCCAGCCCGACAAGCGCGUCGGCACCGGCGAGUUCGCCCACGGCAAAGUCGACCCCGUCGAGGCCGGCAAGCAGGGCGGUGCCACCGGCGGCUCCUCCGAGGGCAGCUCCGACUCCUCCUCCGCCUCCGGCGGCAAGGGCGAGUUCGCUGGCGGCAAGGUCGAUCCCGUCGAGGCCGGCAAGAAGGGUGGCAACUCCUCCAACUAG